AUGGGUGCCUUUCUUUCGAUUCCCCUGCUCGGCGCAGUCAGCGGGAUGGUAUCCACCAUCGGGCUGAGUUGCCUCAGUGGACUGGUGUUCUUUUGCACCUCUCAAGCAGCCUCAGCCUUCUGCAAAUCGUGCAACUUUUCAUCCUCCAUCGCCACCCGGAUCGCAUACUGUUUGAUCCUCAUCCUCAAUAGCCUGUUCGCCUGGAUCAUGCUCACUCCAUUCGCAAUCAAGAAACUCGAAAGUUGGAGCUAUGAUUACAUCAAAAUGAGUUGUCCAGAAGAUACUUGUUAUGGCGUCUUGGCCGUACACAGGAUAUGUUUUGCCCUCACUCUAUUUCACGUUAUUCUGGCACUCCUACUGCUCAGGGUCCGGAACACCAGACAGAAAAUGGCGGUCAUACAGAACGGAUGGUGGGGACCCAAAGUUCUCAUCUGGCUAUUACUAGUCUUCUCCACCUUCUUCAUCCCCAACGGAUUCUUCAUGUUCUACUCGCGAUAUAUUGCCUGGUUAGGUUCCAUGGUCUUCAUCUUCUUCGGCCUCGUCCUACUGGUCGAUUUCGCCUAUGUCUUCGGCGACUUUGUGCUUCUGGAGAUCGAGAAAUGUGCCGACAUGGUCGAUUGGCGCUCCAAGCUUUGGGGCUACACACUCGUCACCGUGACGCUAUCGAUGCAUUUACUCACGAUCGCAAUUAGCAUUAUCGAUCUGAACUUCUUUGGCGUUUCCGGCUGUGGACUCAAUCGGUUCUUCAUCAUCUUCAAUCUGAUUCUCUGCUUCAUCGUCACCUGCAUCUCACUUCAUCCUGCCGUUCGCGAGCUCAAUCCCAGCUCGGGAGUGAUUCAAUCGGGCGUCGUGGUUAUCUACUGUACCCAACUGGUCACUUCAGCCGUUGCUAAUCAUGAUGACGGGGACAGUCGCUGUAAUCCACUCACCAAACUACAAGAAGGUACUGAAACAUCUAUGGUCGUCCUUGGAGCGCUCAUGACCCUCCUGGCAGUUGCAUACACCACUUUCCGGGCCGGUACCCGUUCGUUUGAGUUUACUGGGAUGAUGAACGAGUCGGCUGACACUGGCUACGUCGCCCUGCAAGAUGCCGAUCCUGAACGACCUACCCAGGCACCGAUAACCACUCAGCCCAAGAAAAAAGACCCAUUGAGAAUUCAAGCCAUCCAAGCGGCCAUCGACGAGGGAUCCCUACCUGCUAGUGCCUUAGAGCAAGAGCUGGCUAAAGAUCAAGACGAUGAUGAUAACGACCGUGGAGAUUUCGAGUCGCAGGAUAAAGAUGACGAGACCAUCAAAGUUAGAUACCACUACUCAUCAUUCCAUUUCAUCUUCGUUCUUGCAACGAUGUAUGUGGCAAUGCUAUUAACACAUUGGAACAUCGUCACUCGCUCUGGACAUGAUUCCACCGACAGUGCGACCCCGGUGAGAAUCGGACACAGCACGGUAACGAUGUGGAUGCGAAUCAUCAGCAGUUGGGUCUGCAUGGUCAUCUAUGCCUGGACCUUGCUUGCCCCAGUCGUAUUCCCCGAUCGAUUCUCUGGCAUCUGA